UGAUCGUACUAGAUCGUACUAAAACCCAGGUGUCUGGAUUACUUGCCCAUUGUCUGAUUUGCUUGUAAUUUUGAGCAGUUGGACCUGCAAGCUGCUGCAAAUUUGAGCUAGACCUGGAGGUGACGGCUUUGCAGAGUACUCGUACUUCUCUUUUGUGUAUCUACUUCUAGGAUUGCUUCAUCAACGUGCGAAUAAAUCCAACGUAAUAUCAUGGGAAGUGACCUAAAAGGCCUAGUUAGGCCUAACGGAUCAUCGUAAUAAAAUUUUAACUUGAAAAGACUACACCAGGACUGCCAAAAGACACAAAGUUCAGGAUCAGUAUUUCAAAAGCAAAGGAACAAUGUGGAAACCAGGAGUUGGCUCGCGACCAUCAGUAUCUCAAGAAACUGAAAGGGAGAAUUUAAUAAAAAGCCCUAGUUUGUCAACAGAAAACAGCUCAAUCAGUAGCGAUUUAGGAAAUUUAAGGCUCAGCAAAGGUGGUUCAGAAGCAGAUGAGUCAUUUAGUGGUAUCGGGAGCCCAACUAAAGAAAUACCAACUUCUUUACCUGGAAAAGAUUCCAGGAAGGGUGGGAAUGGUGAGAGGCAGGUUAUGAUCGAAGUUAAACCUGGUGGGGCUUUCAAACCGCCUGUGAAGCCAAAACAUGGACAUGACAGGAGGAAGGAAAUUGUCAAGUUGAUAAAUAAAUGCAAAGAAGAGUCAUCACAUAGACUUGAUCUCAGCAAUUUAGGGUCAAACACACUACCUGUCAAGGAACUGAAAGAGUUAACGAGCUUACGGGAACUAUAUCUUUAUGGAAACAAGCUUCUCAAUUUACCAUCUGAAAUUGGAUUACUGAAAAAUCUCGAGUGUUUGGCUGUUAACGAGAAUAUUCUGACAAACCUACCAGAGAACUUGGAAUGCCUGACAAAAUUGAAAGUGCUAGAUUUACGGCACAAUAAACUUACAGAGAUUCCAAUGGUCGUUUACAAGCUGAAGUCGUUAACUACGCUGUACUUACGAUUCAACCGCAUCUCGUCAGUGGAAAAUGAUAUUGGCGACCUCACAUUGCUAACGAUGCUGAGUCUGCGUGAAAACAGAAUUCGUGAACUACCCUCAACUAUCGGCAAUUUGGUUCAUCUUGUUACAUUCGAUGUCUCUCACAACCAUUUGGAGCAUUUGCCACCCGAGAUUGGCAAUUGCGUUCAAAUGAAUUCGUUAGAUUUAGCCCAUAACGAGUUUAUUGAUUUGCCUUCAAGUAUUGGCAACUUACGAGCUAUGACACGAAUCGGCCUAAGGUACAAUCGGCUAACUUCGCUUCCAGACAGUUUAUGCAACUGUGGCCAGUUAGAGGACCUUAAUAUCGAGAACAACAACAUCACUAGUUUACCUCAAGGACUCCUGAUUGCAACCCAAGGACUGUCAUCGUUAACGCUUUCUAGAAAUCAAUUUUCGUCUUUCCCCAACGAUGGACCAAAGCAGUUUGCAUCGAUCUGUUCUUUGAACAUGGAACAUAAUCAGAUAUCCAAGGUGCCAUUUAGUGCAUUUUCAAGGGCUAAAUAUCUGACGAAAGUGAAUUUGAAGGACAACAAAAUAUCUUCAUUGCCUUUAGAUUUUGGCAGCUGGGUCAAUCUAGUUGAACUUAACAUUGGGACGAACCAGCUGCAAGUCCUUCCAGACGAUGUCCAAUGGUUGGUUAAUAUGGAGGUGCUAAUUUUGAGCAAUAACCAGCUGAGACGUAUCCCACGAUCAAUUGGCACUUUAAAGAAGCUCAGGGUUUUGGAUUUAGAAGAAAACAAGAUCGAGUUUUUGCCUUCUGAGAUUGAGCAUCUUAGAGCUCUCGAAAAACUCAUCCUACAGUCGAAUAAAUUGACAACGUUGCCGAGAUCGUUAGGCCAUCUGCAUUCUCUGACAUUCUUGAGCUGUGGCGAAAAUGAUGUGCAGCAUAUCCCAACCGAGAUUGGAACGCUUGAAAACUUGGAACAGUUAUACUUGAAUGACAAUGUCAAUCUUCAUACACUUCCUUAUGAGCUGGUACUAUGUCAGUCACUUCAAAUUAUGAAUAUUGAUGGCUGUCCACUCACAAGCAUUCCUCAAGAAAUUGUAAAUGGCGGACCAUCUAUAGUUAUACAGUACCUAAAGAUUCAGGGACCAUAUAGCGGUGUUAUUGGCAGGGCUUGAUUGGUAGGAGAGCAGACGUGUUUUUACGUAUGUGCUUUUUGCUCAUUUGACAAUGAAAAGCAGAGCAUUGCUUUAAUGCGUAAUUGUAUGACCUUGAGAUAAAAGUUCUUACUUCCCACCGAAGUCUUUCAGCAUCCAUUUUCAACAACCAGAUUGUUAAAAUGACUAACCAACAUCAACUAGCAUUUAAUUAUUUUACAUUUAUCUACGUUUUAAUCUCUAGAAUUAUAUCUCGAGGGAAAGGUUGAAGUAAGUUUUGAUCCCUGCCAGCUUGUAAACUCUUCCUUUCAUUAGAAAUGCGGUGGCGCUCCUGGACCUUUCUGACGGGGGGCGUGUCUGAGAAUAAACUCAACUAUACAGAAAUGCAGAAUUUUGCUGUUGAAUGUAGAAAUUAUAUUCAAAGCUGUUUAUGUUGUCAUGUUUAACACAAGUGAUGCCAACAGAUGUCAAAGGGUAUGUUUACACCUUCCCAGUUCCCAAAAAAGUGACAUUUUGAUCUCAAGAUAGCAACACUCAAGAUUUUUAAGAUCUCGAGAUAGAUUCAGAAUUGUGCCUAUUUUUUCUAUUCUAACGAUUUUAUUAUCCUACUGAGGAUGUUGCCAAAACAUUAAUAUGAAGGUUACGGUGUGCCACGUCCUUGUCCCCCCGUCAACUGAGCACCUGCAGAUACAUUUCCUUCAGAUGUCUUGGCUACGCUUGUUUUACAAGGAACCCCUUAAGAUUUUGUAGCUAAGGAAUGAAAUUGCAUAUUUGUAGAUAUUUCUGCCCUUUAAAAAGAGUUUUCAUUCGCUUAUUAGAAUUCCUAGCCACCUGAAAUUUUAUUUUGGACGAUAGUUAUGUUCAAACUUCCGUCAAUCAGAGUGCAUUAACUUAAGAUGAGUGGUACAUAUUUUGUGCCCCGUGUCCGUUUGUGCCCCGUCGCCUGGGAAGCAAAAGCUCGAGGAUUCUGGCAUUUUAAGCAAUUCAACAGCACCAAGAUGAUAUAGCAAAGCCUUGCCGUGUAAAGAGCUUCGCUAUAAAAAAAGUCCAAUUUUACGUUUUUAUUUAUGAAAAUGAAGCAAAACACAAUUUGUUAGACAACAAUUUACCAUUUUACUCUUCUCCUUGAAGUCCCCUUCGAACGCGCCCUUUUUCUUCUCAAAGUUCCGUAUCUGAAUCUCCUUCGCAGGAACGUCUUUCAGCAUAAUAAUAUUGCUAUGCAAUUUCCUUUUUCAGUUAACAUUAAGUGGGACAUCAUAAAACUAGCACGAUUUCACCAUUUGACUUACUUCUUAAAUUUAUAGUGUGUCUUAUCCCCUUGUAAUUAUUCUUUGUUGAUGUGCAUUGUACGGACGCUGGAGAUGCCCAGGGGGCAAGGGAGUAGGUUUCAGGAUAAGGGCAUUUGAAAAUUAUCCCCAAUUUCUACCAUUUAUUCGUAAAUAAUAUUCUGCCGUAGUCAUCCUGAAAAGGGGCUCGCCGUUGACACAGCAUCGUCGUUUGAGUUUCGUCGUUCUAAAAGCAAAACUGAGUGUAAAGAGUUCAAUCAAUCAGAAAUUCAUAUAAGUUUCCUUGAUAAUUACGAAGGCCAUGUCAUUGGCACUUUUAUCAAGAUGAUACUUUUGUCCCCCUGUUACCAGUACCCAUCAUCACAGGCGUCUCUGGUUUUUGUAAUGUUCAUAUAUGUUCAUUUUGUAUUGCCGUUUAAAUUGUUGUCUUUUUCUGUUUUGUUGUUAAAUGUAUUUUGAAGCGGUAAAGACCCUUAACAUUAAUUAAGUACUUUUUUGUAACGAAAUAUUUUAUUUUUGAUUUGCCUUGUAUGAAACGUUACUAUUUUAUUUCAUCAUUUUGCAUUGCAUUUUACUUCAUUGCAGCCAUUUAUAUGGUAUAUUGUUAUGUAAAUUUUCAUUACUGUAGUAGCAGGCUAUUCCAUUAGUUCAUCAAUAAAAGGAUACACUCUUGCUUGUUAACACAAAGCCAAUUUUUUCUGAUUCAUUUUUCAAAAUGUGGUUUCAUGAUAUGUCACAUGUGUCAGGUCUCAGGAUAUGUCACAAAUUUCAAAACAGUCUUAUAAUGCACAAGCAUGCAAGGCAAGACUUGAUAUCUUUGAAGACUAGACUUGCAUCUUCAAGCCACCCUGCAGGAACUUGCAUAUAAUGUGUGAUUUUAAAAACAAAUGAAACAUUAGAGGGCGGCAAGCCAAAUGGCAUUGACUAUGCCCUUAAUCCAGAAAAAAAUUAUCCGGAAUUGUGGGUGGUGUCAGAAUUUUACCAUUUACAUUACGAUGUUUGAAAAACACAGCGGUUAAAAACUUUGGUCAUCCUAACGCAUAAUAAAAUGGAAAUCCAUAUAUAUUACUUAUGCUCAGUUAUUUGAUGGUCUUUGAAUUGUUGUUAUUAAAUGAAGCACUGAAGAAGUGAUCAUAGCAAACCUGGAAGGGGACAAAUAAUUAUCGGUUGCUGGAGGCUCGCAUACAAGGAUGGUGUUUCUGACUUUGAUACAUUUUUUACAAAAGAUAAUUCUGUGUCUGUACAUAAACUGAAUUUGCAGUUGCUGAUGACAGAGAUUUACAAAACCAAAUCAAAUAUCACCCCAAGCUUUAUGAGUGAAUUUUUUAUUGAGAAAAAUUCCCCCUAUCAUCUAAGAAGCAAAAAUCUUCUUCAAAUGCCCAAGGCCCGGACAGUUCGGUUUGGAAUGGAGAGUAUUUCUUUUUUGGGAUGUAAACUGUGGCAUGGAAUCUCAACUGACAUUUUUAUAUCAUCCCUCGUCAAUCUUUACACAGACGCAGGUUAUUAACUCGCUCUCUGGAUUCAAGAUGUACUAGAAGGCGUCAAGCCCCACGUUUAACCACUUUUUAUAAUCAUCUCGUUGCAGUUCUUUAUUAUACACCAUCAAAUUUAUGAAUUUUUGGAAACGUUUCUGGAAGAUUUAUCCACUUUUGUGGCCUCACUGCUACCACUCCCCUAUUCGCUCAUAAACGAUGGCUUACGAAUGGCUUACGAAAUCCCUACUGCGCAUCUUGCUGAAAUCACAAAAUACUAUUAUGAAAGUAUGCAUAAAUCAAGGGGCGCAGUCAGGUUGGCAGAGGGCUACAGCACCACCACACUCUCGAAAAUUUUAGAAAAUGAGCUCUUGCUGCAUACCCUUGCCUAUAUCUCGUUGUUUUGUAACAUCUAUUUUUUUGCUCUUCGAUUUUCUAAUGCAGCCAAUCCGCCUAUUUCUGGCACUGAUUGAUGCUAUGCUAUAUUUGCUGAUUAAAAUAUCGAUGCCUCUAUACGUUUUUGGGGCUCUAUAGGCUCCAAGCCUUUCAUUCUUUUUUUGUCAUAUCAUUAUUACCAUAAAUUCUCGAAUUGCUCCCCCCUCUC